UAGGGCAGCUAGCAAAUCAAUAGCGUCUGCAGACGAAUAGGAUUUUUACAUUACAGUUCCAUUGCAGUCAAUGUGUAGCAUGUGAAAUUUCUCAUAUCCAGGAUUACUUUUCUUUUUAAAUAUUUUUCUCUUCAUAUACUUUAUGGGUGCAGUGUAAAAAAAUUAUUUUGCUUUGGUUGUUUUUUUUAUUGUGCCCGUUUUUGAGUGAGACAGCAUCCACACUGCUUGCAGACAGAUUACCAUGCUGGGUUUGGAUGUAUGUGAGUUUGGCAGCCAGCUCCUGGAACUUAUGUGGUUGACAGUAUGCUACAAAGAUAUUAUGGCAGACAAGGAUCCAGAGAUAUAUCCUGUAGAAGAGGAUGCCUUGGUUGACUCAAGCUACAGAGCACCAGCACAGAAGACACUUAAAGAAAUUCAGGAGAUGGACAAUGAUGAUGAGAGUUUGAAUAAAUACAAGCAGGCUCUUCUCGGCUGUGGGCCUCUAGACAUAGAUCCCAAAACACCCAAUGUUCAAGUAACAAGAUUGACCUUGGUCUGUGUGACUGCACCUGAGCCCAUUUUCAUGGAUCUAACAGGUGACCUGGCAGCUCUAAAGAAGAAGACCCUUGUGUUGAAGGAAGGUGCAGAAUACAGAUUGAAAAUUAACUUUAAAGUUAACAGAGAAAUUGUUUCAGGCUUAAAGUAUGUCCAUUUUACAUGCAAGGGCCGUUUGCAGGCGAGUAAGGACACCUAUAUGGUUGGCAGCUAUGGCCCUAGAGCAGAUGAGUACGAGUUUAUAAGUCCAAUUGAAGAAGCACCCAAAGGAAUAAUGGUGAGGGGCAUGUACACCAUGAAGUCCCAUAUCACAGAUGAUGACAAAAGUGACCACCUGCACUGGGAGUGGAAGCUCAAUAUAAAGAAAGAUUGGAAGGACUAGGACCUGCUCACUUUGAAAUCAGUAACCAGUAGUCAGCAGGAUUACUGUCCUUUGGUACCAAAGUUACUUUAAGGCUUUUUAAUUACUGUUCCUAAUUGUGUACAUCAUUAUAUGUGCAAAAGUAACUAUUUGUCUGCAAAACCUGUUGUUUUUAGUACAAGUGCUUUAGGUAGUUAUGUGUGUUCUGGUGUUUAUAAUGGUGAAAAGAAGAUUUAUAUCAAAACAAUGACUAUUCAAAAUUGGUUACGUGCAAACACGGAUAUGAGAAAGAUUAACUUGUUCUGAGCGGCUAAAGAUAUGUUAUGUAAUAACAUUCAAAACAUCAGUAGUGAAAUUAUGAAUAAUGCAUUCUGCUUCAUCAUAAAAUAUUAGCAGAUGUAAACUUGAAAUAAAAACAAAAGUGCUGGAAGUGCGUAGCAAGUUAAUUGGCAUCUAAAAAAGAAAGGCAUUUCAAAAUGUAACAAUUCAUCAGAACUGCAGAUAACUGCUCUGAAUUUUCUUUUUUUUUCCACAAUGGGUUGAAUUUUAUUUCCAUGGUGAAAAACCAUCUGAAAAGUAGUUAAAAAGUAAUAUUUUAAUCAUUAAAUGGCAAAAACAAAUAUCUGAUCAAUUUGCAAUACAAACAAAUUAAACAAUCAAAUUGAAUAGUCACUUUGCAACUAUACAAUUAACACCUUUACUAUUAACUACAAUGAUUACACUUUAAAAGUACUUCAGUGUCUGUGAAGCACAUUGGGGUGCCCCGAGGUUGUGAAAGGCACUAUGUAAAUGCUUCUACUGUCUUUUAAUUUUUUUGAGGCUUUCACAUCGAAGCUGUAUUUUAUCACGUAAUAUCCCUAGUUCUGAAUACAGACUUAUUUGCUAAUGUCAAACAUUCUUCAUAUCUAGAAACUUUCCAAUUUUUUUCUAUCAAAAUGUGUUUUUUUUCUCUGUGCGCACAAAUAACUUUUGCUUAAGGUACAAAAUUGGAGAAACUGAAAUGUUAUUGCCUUGUUGUGAUAUCUUUUAUCUUUAUUUUGCCUUCCACAAAAUCCAAUUCAUUCAGGUAGCUCUUUUGUGAUUAUUGUGGUUAAGGCAGCAUGUUAAAUAGUAUGAAAAUGUAUGUUAAAGCGCAGAGGAGUAUAACACAAUGGAGCUAAUGCAAUUCACAUUCCAGCUUUUGCUGUUGUGUCUCUCUCUGAGAAUCAAGUAUGUAACUUACAAAUUCAUCUCCCUAUUGACCUCUUUAAUUUCAGAGCUCUUUGUGACAUUACAGCAAGGUUCUGAAAAUAUUAUAAGAUUCGAAUCUGAAAAUGAAAGGACCCUUGUUAACUGCAGUCAAGGUUUCAUUGUGUUAUCAACCUGUUUUACCCAGUUACAUACAUUCUGUCUUCUUGUGGAUUUAUUAUCUUUUCUGUGACCUGUAUC